AUGUACGGAAAGAACCUUCACCAAUAUGUGAGAGCGAUUUGCACACGAAGGAAAGCCGAGGUGGCGCGGCAAGGCUGUGGAGCUGAAGGGGUCUCGAGUACCUCUCUCUCACAUCUUGGCCAAGAGCAAGAAACGAAGAAACAAGCUUACAAAGCUCCUGAGCGCGCUGAACUCUUGAAAGAAGAAAUACUAUCUGAUCAGACGUUCCCAUAUGCUGAAAGGAUCCAGGAAGAUAGAAAGUCGAAUACCGACAUGACUAGAUCGCGGACGCGAUCUCCGGAGAACGUCGCAGAUUCUAGGUCAAGAGGCCAGUACACAGAACAAAAAGAGUACCAGGAAGAGGUUCGUGGGCCUAUCCUUUCGUCGGAAUGGCGAAGAGCGAUGCAAGAGACCAUCAAGGACACCACACCUCGCAUAGUAGAACUAGAUCUUAUCCCAGGAACACAAGACGACCCUCAUCGCAGCCGGCACGACCAAGUUCUGCUGAACAUUCGCAACCAGGAACAGAUCUUCUUUACCGCUGGAACGACCGUGCCGGAGCUAGCGACCUUGACCGAGAAUCAGAGGGAGGACAAUCCAUAUAAACGCGCUGAGUACAGAACUCAAACCCCACAAUCUGAACGCGGCGACAAAAUGGGAUAUGGUUGGAGCUCCCCCGCCGAACCAGAGCUUCCGCGUAGCGACAAUACGGCGGAUUUGGACGAAGAGGUGUCACACCAAACCAAUGAGACUGUGCAACAAGUGGAGCCACAGUCGAAUGGUGAUUUAGUGCUUCUUAUGAAAUACGUGCAGGCAUAUAAUUCGUACAAGGCCGAAGCGGAGAAACUUCAGAACGAAAACGAUUCGCUGAAGAAGCAAGUAGCAAGCCUCAACGAGAUCCAGUGUAAUUGGGAGGGAUAUAAUCGUGAGAUCGAGAUAAUGAGAUCGAGACUUGCGCAGCUUCAGAGUGAAGCCUUAUCGGGGGUGGAUAGAUUCCAGCCUGAAUUCGAUGAGACUAUUGUUAAGGCCUUUGGGAAGAUUGAGGUUAAGAUGAAACCAAUCUUAACUUUGCUGGGCAAACAAACCUCGAAGUUUGAGCCAGAGGCUUGGGCUGAGAAAGCGGAGAAGCUCAUGUGGAGUGGAUGCAAGGACAGGUCAAAGAAACCGAUCGAUUAUGCCGAUAAAGAGAUGCGGAAGAAGGCGAUUAGGGGUAUAUUGUGGUUGGUGUUGAAGCGGGACCUGUUUAAAAAACCAUUCAAGGCGUUUGGUGGCGACAUCGCACAGCACCUGGACAUGGCGUACCAAAACUUGUGGAGCAAGCCCCGCCCUCAUAUUUGCAUAGAUGCAGACGACAAUUCCGCAAAGUGGCGAUCGAUCAGUGCAGGGAAGCUUGAAUCGAAGUCUAAUGACCAAACCGCGCUAAUCGACACCCAUUCAAGCCUCAUAGCCGCGUUCAACGCCAUUUUUAUCAGCCUCGGCUAUCCAUGUAUUGUCGAUAUAUCGGAUGCAGAGAGGAAGUUGACACCAAUGCUAAAUGCUGCGACAGAAUUUGGGCAGAUACUGGCGAAACAGCGGGCGAUCUUUGAGCUUUGGGAGCCAGAAAAGGCAGAGAAGAAAGUCGAUGAUCAAUCUAAAACAAACGUUGACGAUGCCUACGACGAGUCCGAAGAGCGAGAGGGGAAAUGUUGGUUUGUGAUACGACCAGGUCUCGUCAAGUGGGUUGGCUUGAUGAGGGAAGAGGAACCAUCUGAGGCUGGUAAGGAAAGUGGAUACGAAGUUGGAGCCACGGCAAAGCCCGUAUUGCCUGAUUUUCGCUUCGUCAUUCUAAGUUUGCAAGGUAGGGCUUGUGGCGUUAUCGAAUCACUCGCUGAACCCAGCCACACCUCAGGAGUCUCCAUCCUUGAUGACUUCGCGCUGGCAGUUGAGCGAAAAGCAACGACUCGAACCUUCCACGAGAACCCAUUCAUACCGCUAGACAUAUGA